AGAAUUGCUACCAAGCCCCCUGGUAAGCUACCGCAAAGUCUAUCCGUGGGCAAAACACGGGUUCUCUGCUACUCCUUAUAAUAUCAGGCUAUCAUCAAAGCUUACUCAUACCGUAUUUACUUCUUUGUCUCUCUCUAGAGUAAUGCACAGGCAAUCUCUGGGUUCGCCGGGAUCAAAGAACCUCAACGGUCAUGGAGUCAUCGUCGGCGGGCGAGACGACGGUUUUCAAGCCGCCCUGCCGGCAACGGAGUCAUCCCAUUCCAACUACGACGAAGGCGAAGGGCGAAAGUCGCUGAAGCGCGUCAGCAAAGCCGAGAAGUACGUCCACCUCAUCCCGCUCCUCACCGUCUUCUGCUUCCUCGUCCUUUACCUCUCCUCUCACCGCCCUACCGAGAAUGAUUUAGCUCAGUUUAAUGGAUUCAAGCCAUUCCAGAAGCCUAAAGGUAUAGUGCCGAUUUCAAAUUUGAAAUUCACAUGUUUUUCCAUCGUUUUCGUUUUGAGGCUCUGAGAGUUUUGGAUUAGGUGCUAUUGAAGCAGAAUCCGGGGGCAUUGCCGAUCUCCAUGGAGUUUUGGAGAUAGAGAAAACAGAUGCUCUGGCGAUUCGGAGCUUGAGAAACCUCCGCGAGAUUGACGGACGCAUGAACUCGAGGUAUAGAUUUCACCGGAAAAUCGCCAAUUUCUAGGCCGGAGUAUCCGGUUCUCCACUCUUGAAAAUUCUCGGCGGGCCCAUCGGCGGAGCAACCGCGUGCUUCCCCGUUCCACCGACAUGACAUGUAUUUUACCACGCCCGUGAAUCUCUUCACUAGUCCGUAUAUUAUGAUUUUGUCGGCACAUUCUUUUGUAUAACAAUAAGUUAAUAUUUUGUUUAUGUAGCUUCCAAACUUCGCAUAAAAAUAUUGUCUAGAUUUUUAUUAUAGGAUGAAAAGUUAUUCGUAGUAUAGAUUUUUAUUAUAGGAUGAAGAGUUAUUCGUAGUCUAGAUUUUUAUUAUAGGAUGAAAAGUUA